AUGGGCGCGGCGCUGAGCCAGGCGCGGACGCUGUUCGACAAGUACUUCGGCAACGUGGACAUGCGCGUCGUCAUGCUCGGCCUGGACGCCGCCGGGAAGACGACGAUCCUGUACAAGCUGCACAUCGGCGAGGUCCUGAGCACGGUGCCCACGCUCGGGUUCAACGUCGAGAAGGUGCAGUACAAGAACGUCGUGUUCACGGUCUGGGACGUCGGCGGACAGGAGAAGCUGCGACCGCUGUGGAGGCAUUACUUCAACAACACGGACGGGUUGAUCUUCGUGGUGGAUUGCCUCGAUCGAGAGCGCGCGAGACGAGCGAAGGAGGAGUUUUACAGCAUCGUCAACGACGCGUUCAUGCGAAACAGCGCGAUAUUGAUAUUCGCGAAUAAACAGGACCUGAAGGGGGCGAUGACGACGGCGGAGCUGGUGGAGGCGUUUGAACUGCCGUCGCUGAAGGGACGGAGGUGGCACGUGCAGGCGUCGUGCGCGACGCAAGGGCUGGGGCUGUACGAGGGACUGGAUUGGUUGUCGAGCACGCUGACGAAGAUGCGAAGGAAUGGGGUGGUGACGAGCGUGGGGAGUAGCGGAGAGCGACACGGGGCGGGGAGACAGGGACGCUCGGCGCGGUUUACGUAG